AUGACGAAACAGGAAGUGGUUCAAAUGUUUCAGAGGAACAUUGAGGAACUCACAGCUCAGAACCCACAUGCUGAGGAUCCUCGACUUUUACAAGCUAACCAAGGAAGCGCAUGCGCAUUACGCUACGCCAUGUUCUCUCGCUGCGCGAAGGAACUUGGAGAGGAGAAUGCACGUUGCAAGUACCAGUAUUAUCGCGCACAAAUCGCGUGCACAGCUGAACAGAUAGAUGACUGGAACGAACACCGGAGCCGUGGAACAUGCAUGUUCGACGUCAUGCCAGAGCGUUCUACUAAGCAUCUGCGGCAGUAA